AUGGCUCAAGGGGCUCUGGGGUUUCCAGGCGGGACUCGAGGCAAGCACCCGAACGGCCCCACGCGUCGUUGUUUCGUGAUGGGCAAGGAAGGCGCGAUCGAGGCAGAGGAUGUGGAGAUGCAAGAAGAGCAGGAGGUCCCGACCAAGUUCCGAAGACGAAAGUGGGACAGAGCCCUGCUCUACCUUUGUGCCACAUUGAUCUUUCUGGUACAAGCUUUCGCCACAGUGCUGCUGCUGACGCUGCUGUUGACCUUGAUUUGGAAGGGCAACAUCGAUGUGGCGGCACACUUCACUGUAGUCACCUUCUUGUUCCUCCUAACGUUGACACCUUGCUUCUUGAGCAUGUGCCAAAGGUGCGGUUUGAGGAGCCGGUUAUGGAGAUGUGUCUUGAUCAGUGCGCCACUCCUCGCGCUGCUGAGUUUCACGUUGUUUUUCCUGGUGCUGUACUUUGCACCAGCUUCGAAAGUCCUGAACGCAAGCUUCGAUGUGUCCAAGCCAGUGCUGGUGGUCGGCAGCGGCCCUAGCGGCUUGGCUGCCGCAUGGAUGCUGACCAAAAGUGGGCGGAAGGUGACCCUACUUGAGGGCACUGACGACAUCGGUGGUCACUCCAAAACUUGGGUGGAGCCUGUGGAUGGAGGCGACUUGCCCAUCGACAUCGGCUUCAUUUUUAACAACGUUCACUACUACAAGUACAUCAACUUCACCACCUACUUUGAUUACCCUUUGCACGACACGGCACUCAAUACCUCGGGAGCCUUCAAUGGCAGCAUGGUCGAGGAACCGCCAGCGCCGGCCAUCGCCUAG